AUGGCCAGGGAUUCCAGGGUGGUGCGGGAAGGCCGGGCAGGGACGAGAGCCGCGGUGGACGGACCAUUCAUUGCAGACCGCAGCAGCUGGUUCCCAAGCCGGGCCGUUGCCUCCUCUGGGUCGCCCCGGGGCGUGCUGGCUCUGUGGCCCUCGGUCAGGCAGCAGAGGCAGCAGGAGGAGCGGGCAGAGAAGCUGCAGAAUGGGGCCUCUCUGGGUUCCCGGCUGGGGGAGCUGGGGGAGCGGUCAGUGUCAUAUGGCUACGGCCAUGGCCAGACGGGGCGAGGGAGCCAGGACCAGGCCCUGUUCCAGAACACACAGCCGGAAAGACGAGUCCGACAACUAGUGGCGUCUGGGACACCCGGGGAGCGGGAGCAAGUGGUGUCCUCCCUGGCGGCCCCGCGACCCCGCUGGGUGCUGGGCUCCCUCUGUGCCCCGUGCCUUCGUCCAACAAGCGUUUGUGCAGGGCCGCCCGGGCUGGGCUGGGCCCCAGGACAGCAGGCGCUGAGCGAGGGAGCAGCCGUAAAUGAGAAGCUGGGACCGCGCCUUCUGGGAAGGGCCUUCGCUGCCCGCGGGGGCCGGCCGGCAGCCCUGUGUUUCAGCACCGAGUCGUGGCAGAGCUCGGCCAAGCGCUUGGAGCCCAGCUGCCCAGAGACGGCCAAGGCCGCGCUGUCAGAGGACAGGCUCGCGGGAACGAGCUCCCUGCGCGAGGUGCUCCCAGGGGUGCUCGUGUGGAGUUCCAGAACCAAGCUGCCCCCAGGUCCCUCUGAAGAAAGUGCCCCAUUCAGCAUGGCUUUCAAGGUGGCCUCCGUGGAGCCCCAGCCACUGUCUCUUGUGCUUGCAGCCCCACCGCCCUCCCUGCCCUGA